AUGUGUUUUGUCAACAAGGAGACGAAAGAACUGGAAGGGGGAAUUAUGUUUGAUCUCAUGGAAACUUUGGCAGCUAGACUGAACGUAUCUGUGAAUUACGUUCGUCCCGAUAUAGUUGGAGUAUGGGGCAAGCGUUUGCCCAAUGGAACCUGGACUGGGAUGGUUGGUGACCUCAUAGCUGGCAAAGUGGAUUCGAUCAUUCCUGGAUUAAUCCGCAACCAUGACCGUCAUUUGGCCAUGGAUUUGACCAUGGCCGUCGUCACGACCCAAGCUAACAUGUUCAUUCGCAAUCCAAAGACCAAUGACAUUUCUUUGAAGGCAUACACCAGCGAAUUCACGGCAGAAAUCUGGCUUUCAGCUAUUUUCGUUAACCUAUGUUCCAUACUGACCCUUUUCCUGAUUUUCUUGUCCCUCUCAUCGACCUCCAUUCCGAACAAGGCCAAGUUAUCCAAGUCUCUGGAAAUAGUUUUGCGCGGUGCUCUUCAAAAAGGCCACUCAACCUCGACCCCGCUUCGGUCCUACUCCCUUCGAUUGGCAAUUUGGGUCGUUCUCGUCUUUGAAUUUAUUGUCUUUACCUCCUAUCGAUCGGCUAUGAACGCAUUUCUGACGAUCAGUGUGAGGCGAUUACCCGUCAAUAAUCUUCAGGAUGUUAUUGAUCAAGACUAUGGAAUGGUCAUGUGGAGCAAUGGGAUCUUGGAAAACGCUUUCGAGAGCUCACCCAAAAUGUCCUUAAUGGCAAAGGCCUAUGAAUACUCUCAAACUCAAGGCAAGACCACGUACAUGAAUAAUGUGCGUGAAGGUCUAGAACGAGUGUUAACGGGGAACAACGUGAUGUUUGAGUAUUUGGCUAGUAUGGCCUUUGAGCCCGAAUUUCCUUGUGAUGUCGCCAUUGUCGAUGGCUUUCCUAAAUUCAAUGUGCACAUAUCGCUCCCAUUGCAGAAGAACAGUCCUUUGACGGAUGUGUUCAACUAUCAUAUUCAUCAUUUCCUCGAAAAGGGUACAAUUGAUAAGAUCAUCAAAUGGAACAUGGGUCUUUCGGAUCUGUCGGGUUUGCAAUGCCGCGAAGUUGAAGAGCAGGUGUCCUUGGGACUCUCAAAUACCAUCCUUCCUUUUGCUUUGAUGGCCUUCAUUGGAGUAGGGAGUGUUUUGAUCCUAACCUUCGAAUGUCUUUGGGGCCGAAAAUUCGGAAUGAUUAGGCAGAAUAGCCCGAUUGUCAGUUCGAUUUGUGGUCAUUCAUUGAAGCGCAAACGCCACAAAUACACAUUGAUCAAGAUGUGA